GGGAAGGGGGGACUGGGAGGGGAUAUAAACCCAGGGCCCCCGCCCCCAGCCUGGCCUCUGCGGGACAGCAACAAGUGCGCACGGCUGGGACAGCAUGGAAGUGCUGACAGUGGAUCGCGCCAACCCGCUGUCUUCCGCCUCCUCGCCCUCGUCCCUCUCCCAGCAAGAGGUAGCCACCAAGAUCAAGCAAACCCACAGCCUGACGGUGCUUCUGAAGCACCGCUCUGAACAGCUGCUGGCAGAAUAUGUGCGUCACCAAGGAGAGCCAUUCAGCAGUCCAGAUUUCCAACCCCCUGCCAUGGCAGUCCCCGGGCUGCCCUCGCCCUCUGUCCCCCCCGAGGCCUGGCUGGCACUGAGCGAUGAGAAGCGGCUCUGGCACCUAGCCGUGGCUUAUGCCACCCUGCCCGGACUCCUGGGUUCCGUGCGGCGGCAGCAGGCCGACCUCAACCCUUUGGCUUCGGAGCUGCACCGGCAGCUGGAGGCCGCGGCCCGUCAGUGCCGGGGGCUGGCUGGGAACUUGGAGGGGAUCAUGGGCGCCUUGGGGGUGCCAGGCCCCCCGCCUCCUUCCCCCAGUCUGGGCAGCCCUGCCACCAGCGCCUUCCUGGCUAAGCUGAGCGGGUACCACGUGUGCCGGCUGCAUCGGGACUGGGCCAGGCGGAGCCACGAAGCGCUGGGGCUUCUCCACACCAAGUACCCGCUGUGAGUGCCCCCAUCCUCCCCUCUGCCCCCCAGCUACCCUUGCCCUCCCCCCACCUGUCUCCCCUGGGAACCCCUGGCUCCUGCCCCCCAGAUAUCCCCUGCCCCUGUCACCCCCCAGGUCCUGCCCCCCAUCUGCCCCUCAGAUAAUCCCUGCCGCCACACAAACCCCCCUUGCAUCUGCCCCCAAGUACCCGUACCCCAACCAUUCCCCCAAGAAACCUCCUGCUCCCCCAUCUGCCCCCCCCAACCCUCUGCCCUUACUGCUCCAACCUCCGACUCUCACAGCCUCUCCUCCCCACCCCUCACUGCAAACCGCUGGGGGGGGUCUCCCUUCCCCCAACUCCUGCCCUGGUAUACACACUUCCCCGAAGGGGCCCUGCCCCGCUGAACUCUGGGGGGGGUGGGGAAUCGGCCCCAACUCCUCCCUCCCUGUCAAUACAGACAUUUCCCCCCUGGUUUAUGCAGAGGGGUUAGGAGGAGUCCCCUCUGCCCCCCCACAAUAGUGGGGGACCCCCGCCCAUAAAUGUGGAGGUGAUGGGGCGGCCUUUGACACCCCCCCACCUCCCCCCCCCAAAAACUGUAGUUCAUACUGUGGUAUGUUCUUACCAGAAAACACAGUGUAAUUAUUAUUAAUAAAGUAUUUUUAGUAGAA